AUGACCUUUCCAUGGCGGAUGCCCCAGGGACGGACCACGACCCCGGUGGACCAAUGGAAAAAAACACCGUCCACACUAAGGGUGGAGCAGUUCUGCCAGUCUUCGGCAUGCCAAUUGUUGGAAGCUCAGAGGGAGCCCCUGGGCGACGGAAGUGGGCCCAACACUGGACGGAGGCGUAGCGGACGCAGCGUGCGCAGCAGCGUUUCAGGGCCUGCAGUGGCAGAGGCUCAGCCGACCUCCCCUUCCUUUGGAGCCGCUAAGCCCAGCGAUUCAUCCAGUGCUUGGCGAGUGGAAGCUUUGUUGGUGGAGGUUUACGCGCCAAAGACGAAACGCCAUCCAGGAUCCCCGACAGGUCUGUACGAUGACGGCCGCCAUUGGACUCAAAGGCGGUGCCCCUCGGUGAUGGCCAUGGCGACUGCGGAGACGCCAACGAGUGAGGUCAUCGACGAUGGCAAAGCUCGACUCAUUGAACGUGCUUCGACUCCAGGGCCCUGUGAUAAUCUUCCCUCCCUGGACCAACUGGACAUCGUAGGCAUGUUGCUACGUGGCAUGGCGCCGGAGGAUGUGGCGGAAAUUGUGGAAGUCCCCAGCAGCCAAGUUUUGAGCUUCCUGGGCGAGGAUUUACAAGACGUAGAUCCGGCCGCAGAUGCCACUGAUGCCACGCCAACAUCAGGCCAGCUGUCCCCAGUGUCAGUCGCCAUGCCAUCGAAAGGAGAAGCUGCGGAGGAUCAGGCUGCGCAAGCCGCAGUCAAAUAUCUUUUCGCACCGGUCGCGUUGUGUCAUUUUUCGGUGCCGAACGAACUGCAGUCAGUGGCAACGGUGGGAUCCAGAGGGAUCCCCAUCGGUGAAAUGUCCUUCCCGAAGAUCCUCCUGAGCCUGCUGGGCAUCAUCUUGGUGUGUUCUCCUAGGGGCUUCAUUCUCAGCGGCUCCCUUCACAGAGUACCAGACCUAGCGCCCAGCUUUGAAGGGGUGAAACUUCGGGGCGCUGAAAGAUCUGAAGGCUCUAGGGCCGUGGCUCCCCAGUGGCCUGCAAUAUCCUGUGGAAUCCUUCUGGCAGGGCUAGCUGCAAGUGGGGCCAGAGCUAGGACUACUCAGAAGGCUCGGACGGUUGUGAGAGCUUCAAUUCUGGGAGGCCUUGAAAGCAUGAAGGGGGAGCAGGCCGAAGAGGGAGCGCUAGCACAAGCCGGGGCAGCUGAGCAAAGCAAAGGCAAAGUUGCUGACAACAGUGACAUGGAUCAGUUUAUGGACAAGGACUUUGAUGAGACUGACUUGGAAGAAUAUGCCAAGCAGUUUGCCAAAGAGGAGGCAGAGAACACCUCAGCACGACAGAUUCGCUAUGAACUCUAUCCUUCCAAGCAGUAUGUCCUUUACCUGGCCAAGAAAAAUGCCAUCAAGACAUGGACCAGUGAUGGCCCAGAUGGCAAGAAUCGUGGCUGCCUCGAGGUGCAGAUUGCCAUUGCCACUGAGAAGAUCCGCAACAUGAUUUUGCACAUGCGCGAGUUCCGCAAGGACUACAGGUGCCGCUUGAAGCUCACGAGUUUGGUGUGUGCCCGGCGCCGGAUGUUGGACAAAUUGGCAUCUAGAAACCUCGACUCCUACAUGAAGAUUCGAGAGGAGUUGAAGAUUCGCCAUGUCUACCGCAUCGAGGCUCUGAAGAAUCGUCUUGGCGCCUACAUGUAUCCCAUCAGGGACCGGCCGGGUCGCCCUGGACGCAAGACCUUGAACCGUUUGAAGAAGGCCAAACAGCUGAUGACUCGGCGCUUAGCCAACCAGCUGCGCCAGGGCCGGGAGCACAAAAUCAUUCACCGCACCCAGAAGAAGUUGAACUUCCGGCGUUGGUUGGUUCGACCCUAUGAUGAAGUCAAAGGAUUUGAGAAGAACAAGGAAUUGGGCAAGUACGUGGACCCACUUCACGCGGAAGUGAAAAAGAAGCCGGCCACCCGGCCUCCAACGCCGGCGGAGCCGGCCGUGGCGCCGGCGCCACAGGUGCCACGGGUGCCGAAGCCACCCAUCGAGGCAGCCGGGAGCAAGGGAGUCCGCCGUCGGGUUCGACCGCAAACUGCGCCCUGCCGGCGCGCACCGACCGCAGCAGAGGUUGGUUUGAACAUGCGCCGGGUGAAGCUCUUCGUGUUCCAAUGGAAGCGACGUACCAAGGAUUUCUUCAGGGAUUUCAACUUGCUGAAUUCCGGCAGAUGCACCCGCGAUCAGUUUCUCCGAGGGCUCACGAGUCUGCUGCAUCCGCGUUCACUGAACGAUGCUGAGAAUCCUAUCGAUCCUGAGGUGAUCAUGGACUUCUUUGAAGCCUCGUCACGGCUGCAGGGCCAGCCUCGUCUAGUGGAUGUGAGACGUUUCUGUGAAGAGGUGGAGACUGUCUUUGGCUUGCACAACUUGGAAAAGGUCCCCCUGCAAUCAGUGCCAGAACCUGGCCAUAGUGUUUGCACAUGGAAGGGAUGGCAGCCCAAACCUCCCAGUGAUCCUGCGUUAUACGAGAAACUCCUGAAGCGGAUCCGCGUCUUGUGCCAAGCACGAGGAAUUGAAUUGACCACCUGUUUGGAUGACACCUACUGGUCCACCCUGGAUGCCAAAGCUGGGCGACUGCGUCCAGAUCACUUCUUGCGGACCUUUCCACUGACCAGGAGCACACCAACCGUUUCUCCUGCAUUCUCCCAGGAAGAGAUGCAACCCAUCAUGGAGCGCUUCACUGAUGUGGAUGGCUUCUUUCGCAUCUUUCUCUUUCAGAAGGAGGUCGAAGACUUUGUCUGCGAGACAGAGACGGCAGCUCCUUCGAUGCAUGCAUCCAGUUCACCAGGCUUCCCCUUGCAACGUUAUCGCCGGCCGCAAAGCGCACGCGUGCGUUCCAUCUAUGCCAAGCAAGGUGUUGAUGGGAUCGAGGACGAUCGCUGGGACGCCAGCGAUUUGCAACGGCAGAGGCCCCAGAGGCCCCAGAGCGCUCGAGCGAGCAGGCCUGAGGAUCCACCCGCGCUACCCCCACGGCCGCGCACGGCCGGGGCCGCAGGGCGGCACUAUGUGAAGCCUGAUAUCAUGACCACGUUGAGGUCCUACGUCCUCACUCAUCGCGUCCGGCUCUGGGACAGUUUCCAGGACUUCGAUCGGCUCCGGCGAGGUGUGGUGCCUCAAAUUGGCUUCAAGAACGCGCUGAACACCAUGGGUCUAAAUCUAAGCCUCUCUGAGAUGCUGGAACUCUACAACAGGUAUAGAACACCUGAAAACCACUUCUGCUACCACGACUUCUGCAUGGAUUUGGACGAAUCCGUGCGCAGCCAAACCGAAAAAACUCUGGCCGCAGCCGGAGUCCAAGAGAAAUCUAAGCUGCACGUGCCGUUGAGGGAGGCGGACUUGAAGAUCCUUCAGAAGGUUGAGUCGGCCGUCGCAAGGUAUGUGAAAGCCCGUGGCUUGGACAUCUUGGCCAUCUUUGAGAACUACAAAAAGCCAGGGCAAGCGCCCUAUGGACACGUGCUGGCACGCAGCUUUUGGCGAGCCAUGGAUGACAUCAAUGUGAAAUCUCUGGCAGAACAUGAUUUGAUGGUGCUUUGCAAGGCGUAUUGCGACACAGAGUGUGGCAAAGAGUUCAAUUACCUGAACUUUUGUGCCAUGGUGGACCCCAUGAACCCGCGCAUGCCUGCUGCUCUGCACAAGGGCCAGUACCUAAAGCGACGCUUCAAGAGUGGGCAACCAGGUGAGCAGAGAUCCGCAUCUAUGAAACCAAGCCUGGGUCAAAUGAUGAAGAUGGGGAUGAAUCGACCCAUGACGCUGGUGGGAUGA